CUGUUGUAUUUCCCGAGCUCCAUUGCGGAAGCCGAGGCUCGCCAUAUUGUGCGGCGGCGCCGGCGGCUUGUGCCCGAGUCUCGCUCCGGACGCGGCCCGCGGAGCCCCGGGGUGGGGCAGGAGCCGCAAUGUCUCAGGCUGUGCAGACAAAUGGAACUCAACCAUUAAGCAAAACAUGGGAACUCAGUUUAUAUGAACUACAACGAACACCUCAGGAGGCAAUAACAGAUGGCUUAGAAAUUGUGGUUUCACCUCGAAGCCUACACAGUGAAUUAAUGUGCCCAAUUUGUUUGGAUAUGUUGAAGAACACCAUGACUACAAAAGAGUGCUUACAUCGUUUUUGUGCAGACUGCAUUAUCACAGCCCUCAGAAGUGGCAAUAAAGAAUGCCCUACCUGUCGGAAAAAGCUAGUUUCCAAAAGAUCACUGAGACCAGACCCAAACUUUGAUGCACUCAUCAGCAAAAUUUAUCCAAGUCGUGAUGAGUAUGAAGCUCAUCAAGAAAGAGUAUUAGCCAGGAUCAACAAGCACAAUAAUCAGCAAGCACUCAGUCACAGCAUUGAGGAAGGACUGAAGAUACAGGCUAUGAACAGAUUACAGCGAGGUAAGAAACAACAGAUUGAAAACGGUAGCGGAGCAGAAGACAAUGGAGACAGUUCUCACUGCAGUAACGCAUCCACGCACAGCAAUCAGGAAGCAGGACCUAGUAACAAACGGACCAAAACAUCUGAUGAUUCCGGGCUUGAGCUUGAUAAUAAUAAUGCAACAGUGGCAAUUGACCCAGUAAUGGAUGGCGCUAGUGAAAUUGAAUUAGUAUUCAGGCCUCAUCCCACACUUAUGGAAAAAGAUGAUAGUGCACAGACAAGAUACAUAAAGACUUCAGGUAAUGCCACUGUUGAUCACUUAUCCAAGUACCUGGCUGUGAGGCUAGCUUUAGAAGAACUUCGAAGCAAAGGAGAAUCAAACCAGAUGAACCUUGAUACGGCCAGUGAGAAGCAGUAUACCAUUUACAUAGCAACAGCCAGUGGCCAGUUCACUGUGUUAAAUGGCUCUUUUUCUUUGGAAUUGGUCAGUGAGAAAUACUGGAAGGUGAACAAACCCAUGGAACUUUAUUAUGCACCCACAAAGGAGCACAAAUGAGAUUUUACUAAAACCAGUUCUGAGAAUGAACUUUUUUAUAGCCUAUUUCUUUAAUAUUAAAGAUGUACCGUCAUUACUUUUAUGGACAGAACAUUGGAUAUGUUAUUCAGUUUUCUUUCUGAGCCAGAUUCGUUUACACUAUUAGAAUCUUUUCCCCUUAAUUUAAGAUCUCCUUUUUGGAAGGAACUGCAAUUAUUCAGUACUUUUUCUUUCCUUUAAAAAGUAUAUCUAAAUUGUAUGUUUUCACAAAGUGUGGUUCCGUUUGGAGCAUCUUGGAACUUUUGACCCAGGAAUUUUUCAUAGUUCUGUAUUCUUGAGUGAAGAUUCAGUUGGCCAUCUUUCUCCCUCCCUUCAAAAGUUUUUUAGGCCUACAGAAUGUUAAAUAAUACGUAUUCUGACUUUUUUUCCUGGAGUCUUGUAUAUUUAUAGUUUUCUAUAUAAGCUGUAGUAUCUUCAUGAAGACCAAGGCUCAAAUUUACUGUGCUUAAAAAACAAUUCUCAUAGGAUUAUUAUUUUCAUGGUAUUUUCUUCCAUAAUAUCUCAUUUUUAAAGAAAAGUUCUUUAUGAACUUAGUGUCCCAUUGUCAUGCAAUGUUAUUUUCUUCCAUUUUUGUCCCUCUAAAUUUGGAAUUUCUGAUCCUGGGAAAGAGAACCAAACAAGAUCUCAAGUUCUGUGAGAACUUGGUUCAUUCACAGAUUUCACUGAAAAAAGAAAAAUUAAAUUGUUCUUAUGUAGUCUUCAAGUGUGUAUUUUAAAGUCUUUUUCUUUGUAUUUUAUUGUCACCUCAUUUCCUUUAUUAUGUGUAUGUUUUUUCCUAUUAAAAUGCCAGAGACAUGGAGAUAUUUUGCACUUUAGCCUUGAUGAAAAGUACAAGAUAUGUUCAAAGCUUCCCUAAUUCUUUUCUUAUUGGUAGCUGCAUAAGUUUCAAAAAUAACAUGGCACAUAGAACUAACAAUAGGGAAAAUUUGCUUCUGUUUGGAAAGUGUGUUUAGCAUUUUGGGUUGCCAUAUCAGUUUAUAAAUUUGGUGCUCUGCUAAUUACACUGUAUCUAGAGAAGCAAGCUAAUGGAGCUUGAACCCUGCCUUGAUGUGUAGUGAAAGAUAAUUCUGUAGAAGAAUGUCAGCCAGAAUGUUAAAGUCAUUCUAUUCUUCUUAAUUUAGUUUUAUAAUGAAGGACAGUGUGUGGUGUUUGGACCCAAAAGGCUUUAUGAUUACAGGUCAGAAGUAAGAUUGACUUGUGUUGUUAUUUUUUGUCUCUGUCCUGAUUUCAGGUAUGUUUCCAAGUUUAUAUUAUCACAGUAUUUAUGAAAACAUGUUUGCAUUGGGAAAUUAACCAUAAAAGGUUUUUACCAGGGGAAAGUUACCCUCCAGUACCAUUGUAACUGAAAGCCUGUCUAGUCAUUGUAAAUAUUUACCUGUCAUUUUUGACAGACUGGGGCCAGCUUGAUGUUUUAAAUAUUCACCCCAAUAUGAAAACUUAACGGCUUGUUCAAUUUUUUACCAUUUUAUUGAAAAUAUUUAAAAUCUGUUUUUACAAUUUUUUUCUUUUUGGGUAAUCUGUGCCAUGAAGUUUGAAAACCACCAAAUAUCAAGGAAAAUUUUGUAUUCAGUUCCUUUUCUGGUGUAAUGUUAAAUUGUAUAGAUUAUUAAUGCAUGUCCGCUGAAUAUAACCCUGGUUUUGUGAUAUAACUGCUUAGAUUUUAUUGGUGACAUUAGAUUAGUGGUUGCAUUAAACAACUAAAUUUCCAUUGUGAUUAUUAAUUGACAUUUGUCUUUAAGCAAAAAGUUAUUUGUGAAUAUAAGCUUUGUGCUUAGAGAAUGUAUGUGUUUUUAUCCAUCAGUAUGGGAGGACAUAAAUUCUUUGCAUCAUUAGUGAAUUUACUGGAUGUGUAAUCCUUUGCAAAAUAUAAUUACAGGUAUUUGAUAGAGCACUGAGUGUAUAGUGUUGUGUGUGUGUGUGUGUGUGUAUAUGUUUGUGUGUGUUGGAGGGUGGGUACUGUUAAACAUAGUAUUAACUAUGAGUGUUUCAUCAAGUAUUAUCCAAGUAACUUCUAUAAUCACCUUCUCAACUGAGGAAUGAAAGAUUCACUCAAUAGGGCCUUUGGCUAAUACAUUAUCAUUUUAAAAUUUAUGAUUAUGGUAAAAUAUAUAUAACCUAAUUUAUCAGUUUAACCAUACAAUUGAAUGACAUUAAGAUACAUUCACAGUGUUGUUUAACCAUCACCACUAUUUCUGGAACUAUCAUCCCAAUCAGAAAUUGUACCUGAUAAGUGAUACAUUCCAGAUAAACUCUAUUUUUCUUUGAAUUUGACUAUUUUAGGCACGUAUAUAUGUGGAAUCAUGCUUCGUCCUUUGUGUGUUAAUGUCUCUUAGCAUAAUGGUUUUAAGGUCCAUCCAAGUUGUAGCAUAUAUCAGAAUUCCAUUCCUUUUUAUGGCUGAACAAUAUUCCACUGUAUCCAUUCAUCUGUUGAUGGGUACUUAGAUUGAUGGAAACUUUUUGCUAUUGUAAAUAAUACUGCUGUGACCAUUUUUGUACAAGUAUCUGUUUUGAGUUCUUUAAAUUCUUUUGGAUAUACACUUAGGAGUGAAGUUGCUGAAUCACAUGUUAAUUCUAUAUUUAAUUUUUUGAGGAACUUCAGACUUUUCCACAAUGGCUGCACCAUUUUACAAUCCCAUCAGUAAUACAGGAUUCCACUCUCUCCACUUCUUCACUAACACUUAUUGUUUUUGUUUUCAGUAGCUGUACUUAUGGGUAUACAGUGUUAUUUCAUUGUGAUUUUGAGUUGCAUUUCCCUAAUGGCUUGUGAUGCUAAGCAUACUUUCAUGUGCUUACUGGCCAUUUGUAUAUCUUCUGUGGAGAAAUACCCAUUUAAGUCUUUUGACCAUUUUUAAUUGGAUUGUUUGUGUGUGUUAUAGAAGUUCUUAAUAUAUUCUGGAUAUUAAUCUGUCAUCUGAUAUAUGAUUUAAUCAUAUAUUUCUCCCAUUCUAUGGGCUGGCUUUUCACUCUUUCAGAAGUGUCCUGUGAUAUACAAAAGUUUUUAAUUUUGAUAAGUUCCAAUUUUUCUAUUUGUUGCCUGUGCUUCUGGUGUCAUGUCCAAGAAUGCAUUUCCAAAUCUAAUAUUAUAAAGAUUUUCCUCCAAGAGUUUAGGUCUUUUUUUCCAACUUGAGUUUUGUAUAUGGCAAAAGAUAAGAAAUCAGCUUUGUUUGCAUUUGGAUAUGAAGUUUCCCCAGCACCAUUUGUUGAAAAGAUUGCCCUUUCUCCACUGAAUUGUCUUGGCAGCCUAAUUUUCAGUUAAUGAAAAUCAAUUGACCAUAUAUAUAUCAUGGUUUAUUUAUGGGCUUGUAUUCCAUUGGUCUGUAUGACUUUUCUUUUGCCAGUACCACUCUGUUUUGAUUAUUAUACCUUUGUAAUUAGUUUUACAUUAUCAUUUUAAAUCUUCUGAACACUGGGAAGGACAAUAUUUCACUUGUACCUUUGAGAAAAUUGAGUCUUAGGACUCUUAACUUGGAGAACUAAACAUGAAAUAAUUGAAAUGCCAAAUGAGGAAAGAUCUCUUUUAAAUUCCCAUCACAUUUCUACUUAGAAAUAUUUGGUUUACUAAGUCUUAGAAACAUAAUAGAAAGGAAAAGUAAUUAAGUGUUCCAUUGUUGUAACUAUAAAAAUGGCUUCUUUGACAACUUUUCUGAAUUAAUGGAGUAAGGAAGGACCUCUGAAAAUCUGUUAUUCCAUAAAAACAAUGAAAGUUCCAUAAAAACACUAAAAGUUGUCAAAAUCAACUUUGUCAGAACUCUAAAAAAAUAACUAAAAGCUUCCAGUUGUCUAAAAAGCAUUUAUUUGACAGAAACUGUAACAACAUGGUUUGUAACAUUUUAAAUUUCCCUGACCAUCUUUCCUCAGUUCCAGGUCAGCCUUGAAAAGGAGCAGCCUCGCAACCGUGCCCGCUGUUAAAACCAGCAGCCUAGUAGCCACUGGAGGGAACUUGAAGCUCCACAGAAAGCCCACGCAGCCUAGUAGCCACUGGAGGGAACUUGAAGCUCCACAGAAAGCCCACUCUAGAGAACUGUCACUAUUUGACCUGUCCGGUAGCUCACUGAAAAGCUGUGUUCUUGAGUUUUGUCUUUAUUUGACCUCACUCUACUCACUCUGUGCAAACAUCUCUAUCUUUAGUCUGUUUACCAUAGAAGCUGCUUGAGGCUGUGAUAACAGCUGAGGCUAAACAGAUGCUGACCAAAAAAACAAAACAAAA